AUGGGUACACCCUAUGACCGUUGCAUAGGCGCUGGAAGAAUCAGUAUCCGUGAGUGUCAGCUGAAAUUUGGAGCCAAGAAGCCAGUUUGUAAUGCACAGCAAAGAUUUGAAUGGUUCUGUGGGAAUCUCAAAGAAUUGAAGACCUUUUUCGAGAACACUGUGCAGUUGCAGCAGCAAAUAGUGAAUGAAAUUUUUCAACGUCUGCAGGAGAGCUUUAUCAAAAUUCGACAUAUAUUCGAGGUGAGCAUCACCUUCGAUCACACUCACCACCAAAACAAUAGCAAGACGAUGAACAGCACGGAGCUGAACCGGGAGCUGGACAUGCAGAUGAACUCGCAGAUGCAGGAGUUCCUGCUAGCCUUUGUCUGCGAUGAGUAUUGCAAUGUCUACCUGACACAUGAGUUCUUCUCCUUGGAUGAGGAGCUGCAGCGCGUUGGAGGUCCAACAGCCCUACCCUUGCGUUCUGCCGAGAAGGUUAAAUAUGUCGAGCUGACUUCAAUGCGUUUGUUGCCAAACGAGCUAAGUAAAAUGUCCCAAUCCGUUCUCUUUAUGAUUAUAACUAGUGUGCAGCUCUUCUGUAUUUGUUACACUGAGUACAGUCUCUUCUGGAUGCUGGCUCUGAUGUCCUAUCACUCCCACAAAAUGGCUGGCCUAGAAGCACCACCCUACACUAAAAUCGUCAUAAAGAGGGGUGGCACAAUCGGGGAAAUUCUUCGUGGACUGGUUCACGCUUUCGAACCAUUGGGUACGAAAUAUUCCAUUGAUACGACAGAGUGUUUGCCAACACCGGUACCGCCCAACUUUGUGCGUUACUAUGAGAUUGUUGUGCUGUGCCUUCUGGCCUGGUUUCUGUUGUUUUGGGAGCCCUAUGGCCUGCGACUUCGGCACAGAAUCAUGAGCUGCUUCUAUCCAGAUGCCUCCCACAAACGGGCUCAAUAUUUACAUCAACGCAUUGUAAACGACAGAGGGAACUUCGUGAAGCUUGCCAGACGCAGAGCCCGUGCUUUGCAUCUCUACGCUGAUCGCAAUGACGCGUUUUGGUGUUUGACUUGGUGCUGCAAGAUUUUUGGCUGGGGUUCCGGUGGCUUCCUCGGAUACUCUAGCGGCGAUAUUUGCAUCAUUUGUAGCAAACCUCUCAAAAGAUCUGAAGCCAUUAAGUGCAAUACUAUUGGGUGCAAGGGAAUCUUUUGCCAGCUGUGCUUCUACGAAUCCAAUUAUCAUUGCUGUCUUUGCAGUCCUCCGAGCUCCUAUGGCGACUAUAGUGAUCUCUCCGAAAUUGGAGAUUCUUCUGACGACCCGGAUGCAGAACCAUUUCGACCAGACAAUAUAUACUCUGGCAAUGCAUCGUUUGAUACACUUCGUAAGAAGAGUCCGUGA